CUUAGAAAUCAUUGUAUUUGGGGAACUUCAAUAAUAAUCAAUGGAUGAAGAAGAAUAUCCAUGGAAACGAGAUUCGAAGCUCAACAACAACAUCCCAAUAACUCAACUUAUGCAAGUACUGGAAGCACUUAAACAUGCUUCUCACAAUAUACAAAACCACCGUAAUCACUUUUCAGAUUCCGAUUAUUCACCAUCCAUAAAAGCACUUUUCCAACUCCAAACAAUUCUCUCCACCAAUUCAAUCCUCUCUCAACACCUUAACCACCUCAAAACACUAGUCGACUCGCUUCACGACUCAAAACCGAGUCUCAAAUCGUUCUUAACUCGUCCACUCACAACUCACUCCAUCACCAAAGUCGCCGCCGCCAUUGAAUCCGAACUCCAAUCAUGGAUCGACUAUGAAACCAUCACCGCCAUCUCUCGUCUCGUCUCUACAAUCAACAACGACAAUGAAAACGAAAACGAGUUGCUUCCGCUUUUAACUCGUUUCUCUCACAGACUCUCACGAGGCUUCAACCGCGAGUUGCAACAACUCGUUCUCAAUUUCAAACUCUUCUCUUCCCUCGAAUCGCUUCUCUUCGACGAUAAAUCCUCUUACCGUAUUCGCGAACACGCCGGGAACGCUAUUGCCGCGUUGAUUAGCUUCAACAAGGACGUGUUCGUCGGUAAACUCUGUAUGUUUCCAACCGUUCGAGCUUUGAUUGACAUCGCUUCCGUUCGUUCGAUCGAAGUUCUCUGUUCUCUAAUCAGAUCAAUUAGGUCACCGAUCGUUGAUGAAAUCGAAUCAAACGAUGAAAUACCGAAAAUCAUAGCGUUGUUAAGUUCUCAUGAAACGAAAUUAAGCGUUUUAGCGAUGGAGUGUGUACUUGAGAUUGGAUAUUACGGAAGGAAGGAAGCGGUUGAAGGUAUGUUGAAGGAAGGCGUUGUGGAGAAGCUUGUUGAAUUGCAGAGAUCGGAGGUUGAUAAUGGAAGGAACGGUGAUUUUGCGAACUGUGUUAAGAGAUUUGCAGUGCAAUUGGAGGUUGGGGAAGGGUUGAGGCAAAGAGAGAGAAGAGAACUUAAGGGUGAAAUAUUGGUGAGAGUUAGAAAAGCUUGUGUUUCUGAUGCUGAAAUUGCUACCAUUGUUGCUGAGGUUUUAUGGGGUUCUUCUCCAUAGCUAUUAGGAAGGUUUUAAUCUUUCGCGAUUUCGGUUAUACAUUGAGCUUGCUUAACUAGACUCUGAAUAUUUUAGUUGUUAUUUAAGUUUUGUGGUGUGAAUGAGUAGAUCAAAGCAACAUAAUAGAGAAUUAAUUCAGUUUUAGUGAUGCAAUUAAUGUACUUAGUUAGUUCUUAUUAGUUCAGUUAAGGCAUUUCUAUAGUGUUGUAAUUUGAGUUUCGUGAUGAAAUUGCUACAUUGUUAAUAAGACAAAAAAAAAAAAAAAGAAUUCAAUUUAUUUACGAAAGAAAAAAGAAACUUGUUAAAAUUUGAAUGGAAUAAAGUCAAGAGUCAACUAUGGAAGAAUCGUGGAUGGAAUAUGCUAUACGUUAGACAGGGAGUUGUUAACAAAUAAACAAAGCCUAAUGCUUCUUCACGUCACUAAUAUAUUUAUAUUUCUUAAUAUUAUCUUUUAUUGAGUGUAUCAUGUGUAUCAUAUGACAAGCUAAUGAAGCUAUAUUUAUUAA